CAGAGGAAAGCUCUCACACACUUGCUGAGAAAAGAAAUCCUAUCCGGGACCUGUGGUGUGUUACUAGGUAGAUACGUUCAUUUUGUUUACAUGGAAGUCACUAGUCUGGAAAAUCUUUCAAUGUAACGGGAAUUUAAAACAAUCUAUUCAGACCAGACAGGCCAGGAGAGCGUAUCGGAGAGUGACUGAGAUGGAAAUCAGGCACAGAGAUCUGAGUCGGGCAGUCACACGGCAGGUACUGUUGUUUCCCUUUUUAUUCUCUUUGUUCUGCCGGGCGGUCUCGGGGCAGAUUCGUUAUUCGAUUCCGGAGGAAAUGGCAAAAGGUUCCCUUGUGGGGAAUCUCGCCAAGGAUUUGGGGUUGGAUGUCAGAGAAUUGCAGCAGCGGAAGCUCCGUGUCAGUUCGGAAAAGCAAUACUUCAGUGUGAAUGUGGAAAAUGGCAACCUGUAUGUGAAUGGCAGGAUAGACCGGGAUGAAAUAUGCGGGGAGACACCCCAUUGUGUCCUGACAUUCGAAACGGUGGUUGACAAUCCUUUAAAUAUUUAUCAUGUGAACAUCGAAAUCCGCGACAUUAAUGAUAACGCCCCGCGGUUCCAAAGAAACAGCGUUGAUUUAGAAAUCAGUGAAUCGACACUAUCAGGCGCGCGAUUCCCAGUAGAAUCUGCACAAGAUCCAGACAUUGGGAUCAACUCGCUGCAGAGAUACCAGCUCAGUAAAAACCCCCAUUUUAUCUUAUCCGUGAAGGAGACUCCAGAUGGUAUUAAGCAUGCGGAAAUAAUUUUAGAAAAACCUUUAGAUCGGGAGCAACAAAGUUAUCAUCACUUGAUUCUGACGGCUGUGGAUGGGGGAGAUCCAUCUAGAACGGGGACAGUUACCAUUAACUUUAAAAUUUCUGACGCCAAUGACAAUCCUCCAGUAUUCACUGAAGAGAUCUACAAAGUCAGACUGAGGGAAAAUCUACCAAAAGGCUCCUUUGUUCUUCAGGUGAGAGCCAUGGAUAAGGAUGAAGGGUUGAAUGCAAAGAUCACCUACACCUUCAGCGACAUACAAGACACAGAGCGCCAGUUAUUCAGCCUAGACCCAGAGAAAGGAGACAUUACAAGUACAGAGCUUCUGGAUUUUGAAAAGAAAAAUAAAUACAUGUUGGGGAUAGAAGCCAGAGAUGGUGGUGAUCUGAUAAGUCACUGCAAAGUAGAGAUCGAAAUUAUUGACGAGAACGACAACGCCCCAGAAGUGACUCUAACAUCCAUGUCCAGUCCUAUCUCCGAAGACUCAGUACGCGGCACAGUGAUAGCUCUGAUCAAGGUCUAUGACCGAGAUGCCGGUGAAAAUGGAGACGUCACCUGUCAUCUUCAACACAACUUGCCUUUUAAAAUAGUGCCGUCCUCUAAUAAUUAUCACAAAAUUCUCACAGACAGCACCCUGGACAGAGAAAGGACCCUGGAGUACAAUAUCACAAUCACCGCCACAGACAACGGCUCUCCCCCACUCUGCACCCAGAAAACCAUCCUGUUGCAGAUCUCGGAUAUCAAUGACAACGCCCCUGUCUUUCAGAAACCUUCCUACACCGCCUAUGUGCCAGAGAACAAUCCCUCGGGGGCCUCUAUUUUCAGUGUAGAAGCCUCAGACCGGGAUCGGGACCGGAACGCCCGAGUCACUUACUCCAUCCUGAGCAGCAACCUCGAGGAGGUGCCUCUCUCCUCCUACAUCUCCAUUAACUCCCAGACCGGAGCUAUCUAUGCCCAGCGCUCCUUCGACUACGAGCAAUUCCGGGAGUUUGAAGUGCAAGUGAAGGCCCAAGACGGCGGGUCCCCGCCUCUCAGCAGCAAUGUCACCCUCAGGGUGUUUAUUCUGGAUCAGAAUGAUAACGCCCCUCGCAUCCUGUACCCUUCCCUGGCAGCCGAUGGCUCCGCCUUGUUCGAGAUGGUCCCUCGCUCGGCCGAGGCAGGUUAUCUGGUGACUAAGGUGGUGGCGGUGGAUGCUGACUCAGGACACAAUGCCUGGCUCUCCUACCAUCUGCUCCAGGCCACGGAACCGACGCUCUUCAUCAUGGGGCUGCACACCGGGGAGAUCCGGACAGCCCGCGCCUUUGCGGACAGAGAUGCUGUGAAGCACAGGCUGGUCACCCUGGUGAAGGACAACGGGCAGCCGCCUCUGUCAGCCACAGUGACUCUCAACCUGGUGUUUGCUGAGAACUUCCAAGAGGCUCUUCCGGAAAUGAGCGACCAGUCGGGUGACUCGGAAUCUCAGUCUGAUUUACAGUUUUACUUGGUGCUGGCUUUAGCCUUGAUCUCAUUUUUGUUCCUCUUGACGGUUGCACUGGCCAUUGUGAUGAAAUGUGGAAGGUCGAUGAAUCCCCCAGUUUUGCGAUGUUUCGGUUCUGAUUAUUCCAAGGAGGGUCCCGGAUUGCCCCCCAGCUACUGCGAUGGGACUUUACCGUAUAGCUAUAAUCAACGUUCAGCCGCAGACUCUGGCAUAAUGGCGUUUAGUCUCCUAAAAUCAAAUAGUCAGAAUUUCAUAGAAGAGAAUAUUCUUUGCAGAGACGACUCUGGAAUGCUACCUAUGAGCAGUAAAUCUGCGCCUGGGGACCCAAAGUCCGAGGCCGACACACUCCAAGAGGUGAGAUUCUGUCGUGAUGCGCUAGUAAUAAAUAAGAAAAUAAAAGCAAGCCUGAGUGGGAUGGAAAACAGGCAGAGACCGAGCGGCCAAGCAGUCACACGGCAAGUAUUUUGGUUUCCCUUCUUAUUGUCUUUGUUCUGCCGGGCGGUCUCGGAGCAGAUUCGUUACUCCAUUCCUGAGGAAAUGGCCAAAAGUUCCCUUGUGGGGAAUCUCGCCAAGGAUUUGGGGUUGGAUGUCAAAGAACUGCCGCAGCGGAAGCUCCGUGUCAGUUCGGAAAAGCAAUAUUUCAGUGUGAAUGGGGAAAAUGGCAACCUGUAUGUGAAUGGCAGGAUAGACCGGGAGCAGAUAUGCGGGGAGACACCCCUUUGUGUCCUGACAUUCGAAACGGUGGUUGAAAAUCCUUUAAAUAUUUACAACAUGGAUGUAGCAAUUCAGGACAUUAAUGAUAACGCCCCGACCUUCGACAAAAAUAACGUUGUGUUAGAAAUCAAUGAAUUUACACUGCCAGGGGCGCGCUUUCCACUCGAAUCGGCGCAAGAUCCAGAUGUUGGACUGAAUUCACUGCAGAAUUACCGGCUCAGCCCAAAUCAGUAUUUUAUCCUGGCAGUGAAGGAGAAUGCAGAUGGCAAUAAAUACGCAGAAUUAGUUUUAGACAGACCUUUGGAUCGGGAGCACCAAACUUCUCAUAUCUUGAUCUUGACGGCUGUGGAUGGAGGGGAUCCUGUGAGAACCGGAACCGCUCAGAUUAACAUUAAAAUCACUGAUGCCAAUGACAAUCCCCCAAUAUUCACUGAAGAGAUCUACAAAGUCAGAGUAAGUGAAAAUCUGGCCAAAGGCUCCAUAGUGGUACAGGUGAAAGCCAUGGAUAAGGAUGAAGGAUUAUAUGGAGAAAUCAGUUAUUCCUUCAGUAAUGCCCCCCAAAAUGUCCUGCAAUUAUUCAAAAUAGAUCCUGAAAAUGGAAUAAUAACAAAUACAGAUAUUCUGGAUUUUGAAGAGACGAAUAAAUAUACAAUGGGAAUUGAAGCCAGGGACGGGGGUGACUUGACUGGUCACUGCAAAGUUCAAAUAGAAAUAAUUGACGAGAAUGACAACGCCCCCGAAGUAAUCCUUACAUCCGUGUCCAGUCCUAUACCCGAAGACUCUGUGCCCGGGACAGUGAUAGCUUUUAUAAGAGCUCGUGACCGUGAUGCAGGAGAAAAUGGAAAAAUCACCUGUCACCUUCAACACAAUUUACCGUUUAAAAUACUGUCCUCCUCUCGUAAUUACUACAAAAUAAUCACAGACAGCCCCCUGGACAGAGAAAGGACCCCGGAGUACAAUAUCACAAUCACAGCCACAGACAAAGGCUCUCCUCCCCUCUCCACCCAGAAAACAAUCCUGUUGCAGAUCUCGGAUAUCAAUGACAACGCCCCUGUCUUUGAGAAACCUUCCUACACUGCCUAUGUGCCAGAGAACAAUCCCUCGGGGGCCUCUAUUUUCAGUGUAAAAGCCUCAGACCGGGAUCUGGACCGGAACGCCCGAGUCUCUUACUCCAUCCUCAGCAGCAGCCUCCAGGAGGUGCCUCUCUCCUCCUACAUCUCCAUUAACUCCCAGACCGGAGCUAUCUAUGCCCAGCGCUCCUUCGACUACGAGCAAUUCCGGGAGUUUGAAGUGCAAGUGCAGGCCCAAGACGGCGGGUCCCCGCCUCUCAGCAGCAAUGUCACCGUCAGAGUGUUUAUUCUGGAUCAGAAUGAUAACGCCCCUCACAUCCUGUACCCUUCCCUGGCAGCCGAUGGCUCCGCCUUGUUUGAGAUGGUCCCUCGCUCGGCCGAGGCAGGUUAUGUGGUGACUAAGGUGGUGGCGGUGGAUGCUGACUCAGGACACAAUGCCUGGCUCUCCUACCAUCUGCUCCAGGCCACGGAACCGACGCUCUUCAGCAUGGGGCUGCACACCGGGGAGAUCCGGACAGCCCGCGCCUUUGCGGACAGAGAUGCUGUGAAGCACAGGCUGGUCACCCUGGUGAAGGACAACGGGCAGCCGCCUCUCUCCGCCACAGUGACUCUCAACCUGGUGUUUGCCGAGAACUUCCAAGAGGCUCUUCCGGAAAUGAGCGACCAAUCGGGUGACUCGGCACCUCAGUCUGAUUUACAGUUUUACUUAGUGUUGGCUUUAGCCUUGAUCACAUUUUUGUUCCUCUUGACAGUUGCACUGGCCAUUGUGAUGAAAUUUUAUAGAGCAAGGAAUCCCCCAGUUCUGAGAUGUUUCAGUUCUGAUUAUUCCAAGGCGGGUCCCAGAUUCCCACCCAGCUACUGCGAUGCGACUUUACCGUAUAGCUAUAAUCUGUGUUUAGCCGCAGACUCCGGAAGGAAUAACUCUAAUAUUCUAAAACCAAAUGGCCAGAAUGAUGUAGGAGAGAUUAUCCUUUCCAAUGACAACUCUCGGAUGUUUAUAAUGAGCAACAGCACUUCCGCUUCUGUAGAACCAAUGUCUGAACCUGACAGCGUUGGGAAGCAAGCUCAGCCUAACCCGGACUGGCGUUUCUCUCAGGCCCAGAGACCUGGAACCAGUGGCUCUCAGAAUGGAGAAGAAGGUGGAGCUUGGCCAAACAACCAGUUUGAUACGGAAAUGCUUCAAGCCAUGAUUCUGGCAUCAGCAAAUGAAGCAGCUGAUGGGAACUCUACACUGGGAGGAGGAGCUGGCACUAUGGGCCUCAGCACCAGGUAUGGCCCCCAGUUCACACUGCAGCACGUCCCUGACUACAGGCAGAAUGUGUACAUCCCCGGCAGCACUGCCACCCUCUCCAACUCCUCAGGUAAACGAGAUGGGAAGAGCUCAGGCUCUUCAGGUGGAAACAAGAAGAAAUCUGGGAAGAAGGAGAAGAAGUAGAAUUGACAGACCAUCAGCAGCUUAGACCUACAGGGCAGACCCCUCCAGCACUCCCCCAAAUCACAGUCUAGGAUAGAGGACGAAUGUGAAUUUUGUGAUGAAAAAGCAGGAAGUACUACGAAUGUAUGUCAUCAUCAGAGCUAGGAGUAGGGGCUCCUACUAUUAGUCCUCGUGAUGAAAAAUAAUUGGAAACAAAACAAAACAAAAACCAAGUGCCCUGUUAAUACUAAUGUUUUUUACUAUCACUUGGGUAAUUUAAUGUGCAAGGAUGUAAAAUCUUUUAAACAUGUCUUCGGAUUUGGUUUUCUCCAGAAUGGCCCAAGAAAGCCAUGAGGCUUGUACUUGGCUUUGCCCAGUGUAAAUAAUUGUAACAUGGAUUUUUUUUUAAUUUAUAUACCUUAGAUCAUUUUCAAAAAAAAAAAAAAGUUCCCCAGAUUAAAACCCAUGUUCCAUAUUUUGAUAUUUAACUUUCCAUUAGUGAAUCUGACCCUGAGUAACCUUGAAAUGGAUUCCUAGUUACGAAGUUGGUAGGGAGUGCUUUGGUUCCUGUUUACCUAUUAUCCUAAAAUAAAUAAGUGUUUACACUGCAUGAGCCUAUGGGAAUAAGGCUAAGAUGCAUUUUAAACAUUAUUUUUUAAGUGUGACCAGUGAUGGCCUGAAAUAUGAAACAAAAAUCAUGAUAUCUGAGAGACAGGGAAUGCAUUCAAACUGCAGUGGAAAAGAUCUAAGUGCAGAGCAUUCCACUAGCAUUAUUGAGCUAUACAAAACCUGUCCAUAUUGAUUUAGAGGCCACUAAAGAGCAAAUUCAUCUCCUCAAUUCUUUGCAGUAAAUAUUUAUAUGUAUAGUUAAUGUUUUCCUGGAACUAAAGUUAAGAAAGUCUAAGUCCCCUGCUGUGAGAACAAGGAGCUACAGUUCCUUAAAGCAAUGAAAUAGCUAAGUCCAUACCAAGGAAUGAUAUUAUCAGAGACUAAACUCUGAUCUAUUUGUAUGGAAUAGAGACUGAAUGCUUCACAUUUCUGCACAUUGAACUGCAUGCAAAAUACUCACCUCACAUCUACAGUAGGACAGCUAACUCCACCAGAUCUAGGGACGUCAUCAUUGUAUGCAUGUACAGCAUGGUGUAAAUACACUGUCAGAUAAGUGAGUCUCCGUGCAGGCCAAGCAGUGUCUAUCUGGGAGUGGGGUUCAGUAAUAAGUGGCACAAUGUGUUAUAAAGAGUCAUUGCUCUGGCCUAGAGCAGUGAUAAGAUUUGCACAUUCCAUGUCUAUGCAGAGCAGCCAAGGAACAGCCUUUGUUCAUUGGCCUUCAGAACAGGAUACUCAGUAAGUGACAGCUGAUUUGAUGGACCAAGGGACCGUACUCACAGAUAAGGGACCCAAGAACUGGAGCUGAGCACAUGCCACUCACUGCAAAGCCAGUGAGCCUGAGAGCUGCUCUGGAGAUGCUCACAGGAAGGCCCAGGUCAGUCAGGUGACUAAGAGGUAGGAUUCUAAUACCGUGAAGGAUACUGCCGGGCCACGCACUCUUUCCAGCCCAGACUGUAACUGUACACAAGCAAUUAGAUGUGACUCAAAAUCCACUGGAUUUAGUCAGAAAUAUGGACAAGACUUUGCCUUGUUGUUGGUACCACUGGUAUUGGGAUUUUUACCACAUAGAUAGAAUAGGAUUGUCAGGAAGUAGGGUCUCUCCACUAUGUGCCCUUUGUAGCUAUGUACUCUGCUCACUGUUGGUCCAGACACAGCAAAGAGAGUGUGCAGUGUGCCCUUACAAUCAAGUCAGCUUGGCAUCGAGUCCCCACAAGCACCUAGUCAGUGAGGAAGGCUGUAUUGUACCCUUAAGCCCCUCUUCAGCUAGAGAAGGAGGAUACCCUUUACACUGGGCUGGCUUCCCAUAUCAAAGUAAGUGGGAUGGACCUGGGAAGGCAAGGACAAAGAUACAGGGAUAGCGAUGCCAGGAUUGUUUUAACUUCUAAUGAAUAACUCACCUGAGAAGAUCCAGCCUUCUAUGAUCACUCAGGUUAAACUUUCUCCAAGCAGCCAGUGUGCUUGCCUGGCCUGACGCAGCCCAGCCUCCGGCAGUAUUCACCAGAGCAUUGUGCACUAACUGAUGCCUCGUUAGCCAAUUGCUAUCUCCUUGUGUCUAGAGAAACAGAUCUUGUCUAUGCGAAGAACUUGUCUGUGUAUGAUUUUUGUACUGAUCCCAGUCACCCUCUGUGGUGGCUGCACUAGAAACAGUUUACACAGUUAGUAAGGCUUAUACAAACUAAUGUAGUUAUUAUGUGACCCUUCUAGAAGUACUGUAGAUGAAUUGUAGUGUUUAUAUUUCCUUUUAAUCAGCAAUCAGAAGUAGUGUAGAGAGUGUUUUGUACUAGUGGUGUGUUAUUUUUAUCUCAGUAAAUAACUUGUGGACAUCAGUAUUUUCAAUUUCUCUUUAUCUUCUUUCUGUGUGAUCUGUGCUCUAAGUGUAUGUGAACUGAAACACACUUGUCCUUUCAAUGUGUCUAAUAUUGAAUUAUACUUAUAUAUUAUAUAAAUGCUUAUAUCCUUCUUAUAUCCAUAUAGACCAAUGUUCAAUGUGCUACACGCAAGUUUUAUACUCUAAUAUUUAUAUUGCUUUUCUUCUUUGGGAAAAAAUAAUAAAAUGGUUUCUUCUGAACUGAU